CCAGACUCACAUACAUCAUCCAUGGCUUCUCUUAGAAGGAAAAAGCAACGACGAAUGAGUAAAUAAAUGAAGUGAAGAAACAAAAGCGCUAAUCAAAAUGUCGCCAAAGACAAAAAAGGAACAAUCUGAUCCUCAUGGAAUGUUUUCUGGAAUGUUUGUCUUCUUUGUCGCAAAAGGAGUUCAAGCUCGUCGAUUACAGAUUUGGAAGCAGAGGAUGGUGCAAAUGGGUGCUGUUAUAGAGGAGCGGUUUUCAAAACGUGUUACUCAUGUUUUGGCUGUGGAUUCACUUACUAUUCUGCAGGAAUUUGAUAGCCAUCGUUUGUCACGUUUUAAAGGGCGAGUUCUCCUUUAUCAAUGGCUGGAGGACAGCUUGAAAUCAGGGGAGAAACUAUCUGAGGAUCUGUAUGUACUGAAGUUGGAUUCUCAAGGUAAAGGUAUCAAUGAACCUGAGAAGUUUUUGGAUCCUAAGCCAACUGACAGGAGCAUUUCUUGCGAACCUCAUCAAUUACAGAAUAAGAAGAUCAAAUCAUCUUCCGAGGAUACAGAAAUUGUAAACCUAGGAAGUAAUGAAGAUAGAAGAGAAAAUGGGCCACUUUCAUCAACAAGCACGGCAAGCAGUCCUGGUGAAGUUGAGAGUUUAAAUUAUGCUGAUAAAAGACCGCAACACCUUGAUGCUGAAAAUGAAGCUUCAUCCUUGCCGUACUGCCCACCUGAUCAAAACAAGAAAAUUACCGAAAUAUUUGGGAAACUUGUGAACAUAUAUAGAGCGAUGGGGGAGGACCGGAGAUCCUUUAGCUAUCACAAGGCUAUUUCAGUGAUUGAGAAGUUGCCAUUUAAAAUUGAAAGCGCGGACCAGAUAGAAAACCUCCCGUCAAUUGGAAAAUCAAUGAAGGACCAUAUUCAGGAGAUAAUCACUACUGGGAAGUUAUCGAAAUUGGAACACUUUGAAACUGAUGAAAAGGUGCAAACAAUAUCCUUAUUUGGAGAAGUAUGGGGUAUAGGUCCAGCCACAGCGUUGAAAUUGUAUGACAAAGGACAUCGUACACUAGAUGAUCUUAGGAAUGAUGAUUCACUUACGAAUGCACAGAAGUUAGGGUUGAAAUACUUUGAUGAUAUCAGGCAACGGAUUCCACGCCAUGAGGUUCAAGAGAUGGAACAAAUUUUGCAGAAAGUUGGGGAGGAUCUCUUGCCUGGGGUUACUAUUAUUUGUGGAGGAUCAUAUAGACGUGGAAAAGCUACCUGCGGGGACAUUGAUAUCAUUAUAACACAUCCUGAUGGAACAAGUCACAAAGGAUUUUUGCCCAGGUUUGUAAAUCGUUUAAAGGAUAUGAAUUUCCUGAGGGAGGAUUUGAUUUUCAGUUCUCACAGUGAAGAGGGCACUGAUUCUGGUGUUGGCACAUACUUUGGUUUUUGCACUUAUCCUGGACGGGAGUUGCGACAUCGUAUUGAUUUAAAGGUUUACCCAAGAGACAUAUAUGCUUUCGGACUUGUAGCUUGGACCGGGAAUGAUGUAUUAAAUAGGAGGUUGAGACAACAAGCAGAAUCUAAAGGAUUCAGGCUUGAUGAUACAGGGUUAUUUCCAUCCACUCAGGGUUCUGGCGGCAAACGGGGAACAAAAGGUACUGCAAAUAUGAAGUUGUAUACAGAAAGGGAGGUGUUUGAUUUCCUGGGCGUUCCUUGGCUUGAACCACAUGAAAGAAAUCUCUAAAUACAGAAAUAGUUUAGUUAACCUUCUAGAAGUACAUGGUACAACACCGUCUAGCGAUGUUGGAAAGUGGUCUAGCUUAGAUUUUGGUGGGCUCUGAAAUCCACUGCUUUGUAAAUAUAUAUGUAGGAAGGAUACUUUACAAUUCUGAUGUCAUCUUCAAAAAUAGUUCAAUGAUAUGAAUACUGUUUUUAUUUUUGAGAUUUAUUUAAAA